AUGAAGCUAUUAACUCAAGUUGCAUACGAAACGCUCCUCUUCGCUUCUUUUGCGAUAGCGCACGAUAAUGAUAGAUCAAUGGAUAUGACGACGACAAUGAGCAGAGAUAUGCACUCUACGUUCAGUAUCGCAGCUCCAACAGCUUCCGUGUCACUAAGCAGGCAAGACGAAGAACCAGCCAGCUACUUUUCCCAUGGUGAACAUUCGACCACCAUCCUGGCGCAUAUUGCACUCAUGACACUAGGGUGGUGUUUCAUUCUUCCUGUUGCUGUGAUUUUAAGUACUGGUCGUUCGCGCCUUGCCCUGCCAUUGCACUUCUUGUUCCUGGUCUUUAAUGCCCUCGGUCUAUUUUUCGGAAUAAUCUAUAAUAGCCAGACCCCCGAUCUGUACGCCAAUAACGCCCACCACAAAAUCGGCUGGAUUGUGUCAUGUGUCAUGACUGCGCAGAUUGUCCUAGCGUUGAUAUUUGUGUAUGAUGGUCGUGGCGAUUCCAAGCAGUCGCAAUUGAGAUCGUUUGAUCGUGCUGCAUUUCUCCCUGUCGCUACAGAUGAGCAAGAAUACCACACAUCCGGUGAAAAUGACCAGGGAUUUGAGUCGAGUUCAUCGAUUAGCGGCCCUUCAUUGCCAGACUACGAAUCACAAGUCGAGUAUGACGGGUUCAAAAUGCCUAAAGAUCUUCACUCACUACGUGGCUGGAUCUACAUUUCUACUGUCAAUCUGGUUAACCUCCUAAAGCGCAUGCCUGGCACAGGCUCAAGGCGCCUUUUGCACUUUUUCAACGACCUAUACGACCUAAUCGAUAGGAUCAUCCUGCCUUUCGGUUUUAUUGCUAUUGUCACUGGGGCUGUUACUUACGGAGGCAUAUUCAAAGGCGAUGAGAUAUUCAACGGUCUAGCGCACUUUAUAAAAGGCGGCAUAUUUUUCUGGUACGGUGUUCUUACUCUGGGACGCUUCAUCGGUGCUUGGGCGGAUCUAGGGUGGGCUUGGAAUAGGAAACCCCCAGCAAAUGUCGUCGGCUGGAAAGCCAAAGUCCCAUCAGGCGAGUUCGUGGAAUCAUUUGUUAUAUGGCUGUAUGGUGUGAGCAACGUCUUCUUGGAGCACCUGGCAGGCUGGGGGAAAGCGUGGACUGCGUCUGAUAUGCAGCACGUCUCAAUUUCUAUUAUGUUUUUCGGUGGUGGUCUUGUCGGCAUGCUUUUUGAAUCCCAGCGUAUUCGGGACACGUUAAACAGCACCCUGCUACGUUUACGAUCACGAUCCCUUUCUUCCGAAUCUGAUGAUGAGUUUUGGCAGCCUCCUAAAUCACAGGUUGUUUCCCUUAACCCAAUGCCAGCCCUUAUCAUUAUGCUACUUGGUAUUAUGAUGGGAUCCCACCACCAGGACAGCAUGACUUCAACUAUGGUACAUAAGCAGUGGGGUAAUAUGCUAGUGGGAUUUGCAAUUGCUCGCGGCAUAACGUAUGUCCUGUUAUUCAUGCGCCCGCCGAAUUCGUACCUACCGACUCGCCCCCCAACUGAGAUCGUGGCGGCAUUUUGCCUCAUAUCCGGAGGACUCAUAUUCAUGCUUAGUACUCGCCAAGUUAUUGAAGCCAUGGAGUUUUAUGAGCUGGACGCAAUGUUUACCUUCACCGUGGGGAUGGGCUUCACAGCCUUCAUUAUGUCGCUGGUGGUUCUCAACAUUGCAAUAAAGACAUGGGCCUUGAAGCGUGAAUGUUCAGAAAACCAGCGGCUGUCCUAG